CACACGAUCACUUGCAACGGAUAUCGCAUCACGCUUCUGCCAUCAUGUCGCUCCCGAUCCGAGAAGUGAAGCCGAAAAGCGCCAAAACGAAGCGCUAUCUCGACAACAAAGCGCCGCAGGUCGUUGAGAAUCCCAAGACGACGCUCUUCCUACGCUACUCGUCCUGCUCAGAGAUCACCCAGCUGGUGCUCAAAGACCUCAAUCGCCUAAAAGAGCCACUCACUGUCAAGUUCAACAAGAAGAAUGACAAGCAUCCGUUUGAAGACGCUACGAGUUUCGAGUUCUGGGCAGACAAGAAUGACACCAGUUUGAUGGUUUAUGGGUCACAUAGCAAGAAAAGACCACACUGCUUGACACUGAUCAGAACAUUCGGAUACAAAGUACUGGACAUGUUGGAAUUGCUCAUAGACCCGGAGACAUUCAGGAGUUUGUCGCAGUUCAAGAAUGCCAAAGCAACUGUGGGUCUGAAGCCACUGCUCUCGUUCUCAGGGAGUGCCUUCGAAUCGCCAAUUCAGAACGAGUAUACCAUGGCGAAGUCACUGCUCUUGGAUCUUUUCAAAGGCCCGGACACGGACAAGGUGGAUGUGGAAGGAUUGAAGUACAUGAUCCAUUUCACUGUGGACGAGGAAGAGCAGGAGGGCGUAAAGCCACAAAUACACAUGAGGUGUUACCUUUUGAGUUCGCGGAAAGGGCAGAGCUCUAAUUUGCCAAAAAUUGCAGUGGAAGAGAUGGGGCCCAGGAUCGAUUUCAGAGUUGGGAGGAAACAAGAUGCGGAUCCUGAGAUGCUAAAGGAAGCCAUGAGGAAGCCAAAGACCACAGAGGCCAAGCCAAAGAAGAAUAUCGAGACAGAUAUGAUCGGAGACAAGAUUGGUCGCAUCCAUACCGGCCGACAAGACUUGAGCCAAUUGCAAACCAGGAAGAUGAAGGGAUUGAAGCGAAGCAGAGAUGUGCCAGACGACUCCGGCGAUGUGGACAUGAGCGACGACGAGAAUGGGGGCGUGCCGCUUGCCGCGGACAAGCGGUUGAGGGUCGAGUCAUGAUUCCUCAUCAGCCUGAGGUGAUGACGAAAAUUGUAUUCCUCUUGCGUUCAAGCGUGGCGUUCGGCGUGUAAAAGGACGGUUGUCGGCACUUGUAUCUGGUCUCGAUGCGGCAAAAUGUGCAACAGAAGCGUAAUACUCGAGACAUCCACCCAGCCUGGCAGGCAUCCUACUAGGCCUGUGGUGGCACGGUGAAUCGAAAGUUCUUCUCUGCUGGACAUUGCUGAGCAUCAACGUGUGGAAGCGCCUGUGCAGCUGGCAUGACCGACUGACCAAGGAGUUCCGAGGGCAGACAUGCGACCGCAUUCCAGGGCGAUGAAUGCGUUUGCUGAUACUCUCGCGAUGCUAGACACCACCAGGCUAUGGUUAAUACUGGCUUCGGUUAUAGUUAUUGAAAUUGAUGUCAAGCCGCAAAUGCAACAAGUCUUCAGUCCUCAGUCCACGCC